CUUAACUAGUUUGACAGUGUUUGCAUCAGCUGGAAAGACGAAGGCUGCUAACUUGCAGUAACAUUGCAUUUUUUUUCACACAACUCUUGUGACCACUUCAGGCCUUUGUGCACUCUUCAACUGAGUUAGGCAACUUUAGACAGAAAAGGAGAGAAUAAUGGCAAAUGCAAGCAACAAUAGGUUUCAUCUUAUUGUCCCCGAUAAAGCUCAGAGUGCUGAGGUCAAACUGGGGUCUGAUGUCACUGUAUCGUGUCACCUGACACCUGAAAUCAGUGCUGCUGACAUGGAGAUCAGGUGGUUUAAGGAGACAGACUGUGUGUGUCUCUAUAAGAACAGACAGUUGACAGAGGGGAGAAAAUAUGUGGGCAGAACGGGUCUGUCCACUGAGGAGCUGAACAGAGGAAAUGUGUCCUUGAAGUUGAGAGACUUCCAAGAAUCAGACAUAGGAGUUUACCUGUGUCAGGUCAUCAGUGAAGACACGACAGAGGAGAUAACAGUAGAAGUAGGAGGAAAAGAAGAUUCUGGUGUCCCACCUGUGAGUCAUCCAUCGAAGAUUCAAGGUGGACAAGUCCUGAAACUACAUGAGUUAGACAGAACAUGGGGAGACACUCAGAGAAUGAAAAUGGAGGAAUCUGCUUUAAUGACAGAGUUUGAAAUGAAUUAUGUGAAGGUACUUCACCAAACAAUAUUCAAGGUUUUCAAAAAUCAAGGGAAAAAACUGGAACAAACCGAAAUACAAAUAAAGGCAUCCAAGAUGGAUUUGGAAAGAGUCCUACAACAGCUACAAACAAUCACAGAAAAAUCUGGUCUCCAACAAAAUGAAAAACACCCUGCUGUGAAAGAAUCACAAAUUCAGCAAUUAGAAAGACAACUCCUACAAAUAACUAAAUACAUAGAAGAGACUCAGAAUCAGCUUCAGGAGAAAGACACACAACUGGAGAAUAUGAGCAAACAGAUGAGUGAGAAAGAGAAACUACUGGAGAGCACAAUCAAAGAGAUGGAAACCAGUAAACAACAACUGGAGACAUUGAGACAGGAGCAAAUGAGAAAUAAGGAGAUGUUGGAGAAGAGGAUUUCAGAGUUGAAUGAAAAAUCCAAAUGUCUUGAAGAAACAAAAUCUCUUCUCGAAGAAAGUGAUAAAAAGAUUAAAGAUCUGGACAAAGAGAAAGAAAGACUUAAUGAAGAACUUCAAGACAAGGACAAACGUCUUAAGGACAUUAAUGCUAAACUGAUGCGGACAGUCAGAGAGGUUGAGCAGAAACAAAAUCAGCUUCAGGGCAAACACACACAACUGGAGAAUAUGCACAAAAUGUUGAGUGAGAAAAUGAAAUGCUCAGAGAACAAAGCGAUAGAGCUGGAAGCCAGUAAAUGUCAAUCAAAGGAAUAGGAAACUAAAAGCACAAAUCAAGAAAAGCAUAAAAUGAUUUAAAACAAAGGAUUUUCUCCCUUAAUUUUUAAAUCCAUUUUUACAAUAUCCUAAGGAAUAACAGAUACCUUUGUUUUUCUUUAGAUCACCUUUGGCCUGCUACAUAAUU